AUGAAGUACAUCGCUGCUUAUCUUCUUUCAAAGGCUGCUGGUAACGAGAAGCCAACACAGGAACAGGUCAAGAAGAUCCUCGAGGCUGCUGGCGUUGAAGUUGAUGCUGCUCAACUUGAGGCCGUUGUCACAAAGAUGUCCGAGAAAUCCGUUGACGAACUCGUCGAGACAGGCAAGACCGAAAUGAACAAGGUUGGUGGUGCUGCUCCAGCCGCUGGUGCUGCUGCUGCUGCUCCAGCUGCCGCUGCUGAAGCUCCAAAGGAAGAGGCCAAGGAGGAAGAGGCUGCUCCACUCGAUCUCGGCGAAAUGUUCGAUUUCUAA